AUGGGCAAAUCCAAGAAGAAAAUUUCUUCUGGCCCUCCUGGACAAGGUGGUCAUGUUGACCAGCUUCAAAAGCUGGAAAAUACCCAAAUGAAGCCAUGCCGACAAACAAAGCAAAAUCCUGCUCAGGAUGCACUUGAGAGCCAAUCUGUCAACAUCAUGGCACCCGAGGUCAAACGGCCAAAACCAAGACCAAAACCUGUGGGCCUGAAGUCGAAAACACCUCCCAUAUCAUUUCAACAACAGAAUAUCUCUCCAGUCAAUGAUCUGCCCACUUUCCAUCUUUGUAGUCCUCACUCACAAUUUGGUUUCAUUCCCCCCACGGAUGAGGAUGCAGAUGCAGAUGAGGAGAAUGAGGAUGAGGAUGGUCGUGAUGAUGGCCUUGGUGCACACUCCCCUUUCCAAGGUACUGACGUGUCCCAGAUGAGGAAACAGAAACAGACACAUACUCCCUCUCUGUCCACAUACCCCAGUGACAUCUGUUCAUCUCCCCGAGUUCCUGAUGGUGAUAUCUGUCCCCCUCCCCAAAGCCCCAACACCUUGCAAGCAAAGGCGCAGAAACCCACAUGCACCAUCACUUUAGAUGAUGUCAACUCCCAGCAUCCUCUUGUUCUUAACAAGUCCCAUGUGAAGAAGUUCAAGAAAAACACUCGCCCUAUCACUCCAUCUGCAGAUAAGGAUAGUUAUCAAAGACAUUGCCCUAUUGUCAGCUCACCUGAGACCUCAGACAGCAACAUCCCAUCCCCUCCAUGUCACACUCCCAAGCCAGUCAGCAGCUCUACUGCCUUGGACACCGUCCACAAUGUUCUGCAGGAGCAUCAUGAAAAGAACUGGUGCCCUUGUACACCUGAUCUGAGGACACUUCAGAAAUUGGGUCAACGGGCCAUUGAAGAGCUGUCCAAUGGUGAGGAAGAUGAGGCACCUUCACAACCACACAAAAGAUCGCAUCCCUCCAAAGGAUAUCAGACUAUCGCAUUUUAUCUGCCUGCUUGGAAGGAUGUCCUGGAGGCUGCCAAGCAGAAGUCGCAUCUGGGUGUAGUCAUGGGUGGCGCUACUACGACCCACAAAGCUUUCAUUGAGAAGACCAGUAUUGAAUAUCUAAUGGAGACUCUUGAAGAUUUUGCGGCCAACAAUAUUGGUGUCAAUGCUGGGUUCUGGGAUGAACACAAACAUGACAUGAUGAUCAUUUUAUGGGAUGAUUGUGCAACCAUGCAAUCUGAGAUGAAGAAGGUUGCGUGCCCCAUUGCCACUACUAAGUAUGACAUCCUACCUACAGAUAUUCAUGAUGAGGACGAGUAUGAAGAACAUGUGCAUAGUCAAGUCAAAGACUUAAUGGAUGACAGUAAUUUUCUUCACAAUGGUGUUGACAAGCAGGGGAGGACCAAUAACCUCGCGAACGAUGCACUCAGAGAGUUCUGCAGUACAUUUUUCUACAAGAGCGAACAUGUGCUCGCGAAGUCUUUUCCAGAUGAAUUCGCUGAAGCUGUUCCUGAGGGCACUGUUGCACUUGCAGCUACUGCACUUGCUGCAGCUAUUAAUGAGUACAAGACUGGCAUCUACAAACCAACUAAAUUUGUCUCUGAGUUGUAUCAGCCUAUUUACAACAGGGUUCUGCAACUCUACGAAGAUGUCAAGAUUGACCCUUAUCAUUCGAAGAAGUGUCGAGCGGUGCGUAAGAAAUGGGUGCAUGCGGCGAAUGUUCUCACCCACGAUCAAUCAAACCGGCGCAAUCAGUGGGGUCUGAAGUUGAAGCUUGACUAG